AUGUCAUCUUCAGGAUUACAAAGGCGCCGUGGAGGAAAUAAGAAUGUCAAUUCCUCGGGUACAAAGUCAAGAUCCUCCAACUCGUUUGAUGGAGACGAGUUUUCCAAAAGUGAUAGUGCCGACCACAAGAUUGGAUAUGAUUCUAGAGAUAUUCAGGAUAGGGAGGCUUUGAACUUACCAUUAUUAACUUUAAUGGAAGAAGUUUUAUUAAUAGGGUUGAAAGAUAAGGAGGGAUACUUGUCUUUCUGGAAUGACAACAUUUCGUACGCUUUGCGUGGAUGUAUAUUGUUGGAGCUUGCUUUUCGAAAUAAAAUUAGUCUUGUCAACGAUCCGGCUAGACGUUACUUUGAAUUGAGUGAUAGAUUAGUUGAGGUCAUUAACACGGAGCCUACGGGCGAGGUUUUGUUAGAUGAAGCUUUGAAAAUUAUGAAGAACGACGAGUCGCGUUUAUCUGUUACAAACUGGAUAGAUUUGUUGAGUGGAGAGACUUGGAAUUUAAUGAAAAUAAGCUAUCAAUUGAAGCAAGUAAGGGAGAGGUUAGCCAAGGGAUUAGUUGACAAAGGGAUCUUGAGAACUGAGAGAAAGAACUUUUUUUUGUUUGAUAUGGCUACACAUCCUGUCGCCGAUAAGAUGUCAAAAGAAUAUAUUAAGCAUAGGAUUUUAAAUGUCUUGACACAAAGAACUGUCAACUUGGAGUCUUUAUCCAAUGAACAGUUUCCGGCUAACACAUCGUUCAAGUAUCUUCGAACCAUUGCUCUUGUAUGUGGCUCAUAUGCAGCAAACGUUUUAGAAAAUGUCUUAAUGUCACUAAAUUAUGAUAAAAGAGAUCAGGCAUUAGCAAGAGCCGACGAGUUACUCAAUAUUUUUAGCGAAUACCCCUUUAACUUGUCUCACCAAAGUUCUUUAGGUUUAGGGGCAAAUCUUAGCGAAGAGAUCAAUAAAGAAAUCGAAAGCAGUGGUGCCAACGAAUUACAGUUGGAGUUGAUCGCGGCCGUAUUCAAUGUAUUUGCAAGAAUGGACUCUAUCUUAUGA